GUAUAUACCAUUACCACCGCUUUGCAACGCAACUCAUAGAAGAGGCAAAAAUUGACAAAAUGGAGCAGAGAGAGAGAGAGAGAGAGAGAGAGAGGGGGUGAAGAAAAUGACCGCCAUUAAUGACGAGCUCAACCACCAUCCUGCUGGAGGACUAUACAAGUAGGCUGUAGCUAACGAUCGCUUCACACUCGCUCAUUCGCCCACACACAAUCAAUCACCACCACUAGGGAAAGCAGCGAAAUCUCCGCUGCGAAUGAGUAAUUGCUUCCCGCUAAUCUCUCUCAUCCCUCUUGGUUUUCAUCUCGUAUGCGCGCGCGCCGCCCUGCUCUGGUGCUCCUAGGGUUUCGGUUGCGGCCAGAUCUGAGGUAUGUGGAGCUCGGCGGAGAAUGUGUUUGCGCGGUCGUCGUCGUUCCGGGAGGACGGCGAGGACGAGGAGGCACUGCGCUGGGCGGCGCUGGAGCGGCUGCCGACCUACGCGAGGGUGCGACGGGCUAUUUUCAGGAACGUCGUCGGCGAUCACAGGGAGAUCGAUGUGAGCGAGCUCGAGGCCGAUGAGCAGAGGCUGGUUCUCGAGCGGCUCGUUACUGCCGUGGACGAUGACCCCGAGCUGUUCUUCGACCGGAUGCGGAAGCGAUUCGACGCGGUGGAAUUGGAAUUCCCCAAGAUUGAAGUGCGGUUUCAGAACUUGAUGGUUGAAUCAUAUGUCCAUGUGGGAAGUAGGGCUCUUCCCACCAUCCCUAACUUUAUCUUCAACAUGUCUGAGGCAUUGUUAAGGACGCUGCGGAUGUAUCGAGGAAACAGAACCAAGUUAACAAUUUUAGAUGAUCUUAGUGGGAUCAUUAGACCUUCGAGACUGACCCUUCUGUUAGGACCUCCUAGCUCUGGCAAGACCACUUUGCUCUUGGCUCUUGCUGGCCGUCUUGGAAAUGAUUUGCAGGUGUCCGGGAAAAUUACGUAUAAUGGGCAUGGUCUGACCGAGUUCGUUGCUCCAAGGACAUCAGCUUAUGUCAGUCAACACGAUAGGCAUAUUCCAGAGAUGACCGUCAGGGAAACCCUAGAAUUAGCAGGAAGGUGUCAGGGUGUUGGGUCCAAAUUCGAUAUGCUUAUGGAACUUGCAAGGAGAGAGAAGAUGUCAGGGAUAAAACCUGAUGAAGAUCUUGAUAUUUUCAUGAAGUCGUUAGCUUUGGGGGGACAGGAAACAAGCUUAGUGGUGGAGUACAUCAUGAAGAUUUUAGGGUUGGAUGUAUGCGCGGACACCUUGGUGGGUGAUGAAAUGCUGAAAGGAAUAUCGGGGGGUCAGAAGAAGCGGCUCACAACAGGUGAACUACUAGUUGGUCCAGCAAGAGUACUCUUCAUGGAUGAAAUCUCCAACGGGCUAGACAGUUCCACCACUUACCAAAUCAUAAAGUAUCUGAGGCAUUCAACUCGUGCAGUUGAUGGGACAACCAUGAUUUCAUUGCUGCAACCUGCCCCUGAGACGUUCGAGCUUUUUGAUGACGUCAUACUUCUGUCGGAAGGGCAGAUUGUGUACCAGGGACCCCGUGAGACCGUUCUUGAGUUCUUCUCAUCUCUGGGAUUUAGCUGUCCUGAGAGAAAGAAUGUGGCAGACUUUUUGCAGGAAGUCACAUCGAAAAAGGAUCAGCAGCAAUACUGGUCUAACUCUUAUCGUCCAUACCGAUACAUUCCACCAAGGAAGUUUGUUGAGGCUUUUCGUUCAUUUCGAACAGGUAAACAUAUGCACGAAGAGCUAGAAGUUCCUUUCGAUAAGCGCUACAAUCAUCCAGCAGCACUGUCAACUUCUCGCUAUGGGGUCAGCAAAAGUGAACUUUUCAAGACGUGCUAUAACUGGCAGAGGCUACUUAUUCAACGGAAUUCAUUUAUUUACGUUUUCAAAUUCGUUCAGCUUUUCAUUGUUGCUUUGAUCACAAUGAGUGUAUUUUUCCGCACAACAAUGCAUCACGAUUCAAUUUAUGAUGGAGGCUUGUAUGUUGGAGCUCAAUACUUUUCCAUGGUCAUCAUCCUUUUCAAUGGUUUUACGGAGGUUUCAAUGCUGGUAGCAAAGCUGCCAGUGCUGUACAAACACAGGGAUUUGCAUUUCUACCCAAGCUGGGCAUACACAAUUCCUUCUUGGAUCUUAAGUAUUCCAACUUCACUUAUGGAGUCUGGUCUCUGGGUGGCUGUUACGUACUACGUAAUUGGUUAUGAUCCCAAUAUAAUAAGAUUCUUGCUUCAGUUUUUGUUGUACUUCUUUCUGCACCAAACGUCUAUUGCUCUCUUCCGGGUGAUGGGGUCCUUGGGUCGUAAUAUGAUUGUGGCCAACACAUUCGGAUCAUUUGCUAUGUUGGUUGUCAUGGCCCUUGGAGGAUACAUUGUCUCUAGAGACCGUAUACCGAGCUGGUGGAUAUGGGGAUUCUGGGUGUCUCCUCUCAUGUAUGCACAAAAUGCUGCUUCAGUCAACGAGUUCCUGGGUCAUUCUUGGCAUAAGAAAGCUGCGAAUGGUACCAUCAGCAAUCUUGGUGAGGCGCUACUAAAAUCACGCAGUUUAUUCCAUGAAAGCUACUGGUACUGGAUUGGCCUUGCAGCUUUGCUAGGAUAUACAGGAUUGUUCAACUCCCUGUUCACUUGCUUCCUCUCUUGCCUCAAGCCUUUGGGAAUACAACAGUCCGUCGUCUCCAGAGAAGAGCUGCAAGAGAGAGAGAAGAAUAGGAAAAGUGGAGAGAUCGUUGUUGAACUAAGACAUUAUUUGGAGAAUUCAAACUCGAUAAAUGGAAAAUAUUUCAAGAAGAAAGGGAUGGUUCUUCCAUUUCAGCCCCUUUCAAUGUCUUUCAGCAACAUCAAUUACUUUGUGGAUGUCCCUCUGGAGUUGAAACAACAAGGGAUAGCAGAAGACAGGCUGCAACUGUUGGUAAACGUUACUGGAGCUUUCAGACCAGGUAUCCUCACAGCACUGGUCGGGGUCAGUGGUGCUGGUAAGACAACCCUCAUGGACGUCCUAGCUGGCAGGAAAACAGGAGGUGUUAUCGAAGGGACAAUAAACAUAUCUGGUUAUCCCAAAAAGCAGGAAACCUUUGCUCGAGUUUCUGGUUACUGCGAGCAAAACGAUAUUCAUUCUCCUUGCCUGACUAUCCUUGAAUCACUUCUGUUCUCUGCUGGGCUUCGGUUAUCACCUGAAAUAAACAUGGAGACUCAACAGGCGUUUGUCGAAGAGGUGAUGGAACUUGUGGAGCUCACCCCGUUGAGUGGUGCAUUGAUUGGGCUCCCUGGAGUGCAUGGUCUUUCGACAGAACAAAGGAAAAGGUUAACCAUUGCCGUGGAAUUGGUCGCCAACCCAUCUAUAGUGUUCAUGGACGAACCUACUUCAGGGUUGGAUGCAAGGGCUGCAGCCAUCGUUAUGAGGACAGUUAGGAAUAUUGUAAAUACCGGGCGAACAAUUGUUUGCACCAUCCACCAGCCAAGCAUAGACAUCUUUGAAUCCUUUGAUGAGCUGUUGUUUAUGAAGCGUGGAGGAGAGGUUAUAUAUGCAGGACCCCUUGGCCCCAAGUCUUGUCAACUCAUCAAGUACUUUGAGGCUAUUGAUGGAGUGCAAAAGAUCAAACCAGGCUACAACCCUGCUGCCUGGAUGCUUGAUGUUACUUCUUCAUCCGAAGAAACCCGGCUUGACGUGGACUUUGCAGAGAUUUACAGGAAAUCUAAUCUAUAUCAGCAUAAUAAAGACUUGAUUGAAACUCUAAGCAAGCCCAGUGGUGAAGCCAAAGAGUUGAACUUCCCAACGAAAUAUUCCCAGUCAUUCUUCAACCAGUUCCUGGCAUGCCUUUGGAAGCAGAACUUGUCUUACUGGAGAAACCCCCAAUACACUGCAGUUCGCUUCUUCUACACCGUUGUGAUCUCACUAAUGCUUGGAUCCAUCUGCUGGAAAUUCGGCUCCAAAAGGGAAACCGUGCAAGAGCUGUUUAACGCCAUGGGUUCUAUGUACGCGGCAGUCCUGUUCAUCGGGAUCACGAACGCAGGUGCUGUUCAGCCCGUCGUCUCCAUCGAAAGGUUUGUCUCGUACAGAGAAAGAGCUGCAGGGAUGUACUCAGCUCUGCCAUUUGCAUUUGCUCAGGUUGUGAUCGAGUUCCCCUACGUGUUGGGACAAACGGUCAUCUACUGCUCCAUAUUCUACUCCAUGGCCGCGUUCGAGUGGACGGCUCUCAAGUUCAUCUGGUACAUGUUCUUCAUGUACUUCACCAUGCUCUACUUCACCUUCUACGGCAUGAUGAUGACCGCCCUCACUCCCAACCACAACGUCGCCUCCGUCGUCUCCGCCCCCUUUUACAUGCUCUGGAAUCUUUUCAGCGGCUUCAUGAUCCCUCACAAGGUUAAUAGUUUGUACUCUUCUCCAAACACAUUGCUCCCUUCGAUUCAAUGGAAAGCAAAAAAAUCAAACAUCUAAUUCUGUGUUUCUUGCGUAACAGAGAAUUCCCAUAUGGUGGAGAUGGUACUACUGGGCCAACCCUAUAGCAUGGACUCUAUACGGCCUGCUGACGUCGCAGUACGGCAACGACGUAACACCGAUGAAGCUGCCGGACGGGAAUCAGUCGGCGCCGGUGAAGGUGGUGCUCCGGGUUUUCCUCGGCUACAGGCACGACUUCUUGGGGGUGGCUGGCGUGAUGGUGGUUGGUUUCUGUGUGCUGUUUGCCGUCAUUUUCGCCUUCGCAAUAAAGGCCUUCAAUUUCCAGAGGAGAUGAUGCUGACUCUGAAGCAGCCUGGCGGGCUACAGUGGAAAUGGGCCCAGAGUGAUGAUGGGCCAGAGGGAAGAUGGGGCCCAUUUGUUCCGGUAAUAAACUGCAUAAUUGUGUGUGGGAGAUGUAUUGAGAGAAUUUGCAUGUAUACUGAAAAGUCUGAGAGUACUUCAAUAUUGGUAAAGUCUUUCUUCUAUUUCUAUACAUGUAUUGUUUUGGGGAGAUGUCUUAUUCUUGUUUGUUGUAAUGUGUUAUGUGGAGAAAAGAGACAAUAAUACUUGUAACCAUGAUAUUAAUUUAUA